GUCUGUGCGAGUCUGUCGGUGCGUGUGAGUCGCUGCUGAAUCCGGAGACACAGGAGCCGCUCGGCUGGUUCCGCAGGAUGCUGCCCGCUCCGCUCUCCCUGCCCUGGGCCCCUCACUGAUCUGCCCCGGGCCCCUCCGCACCAUGACUGCCAGCAAGGAACAGCCGGCCCCCAGCCGGGGCCCCAACCCCCCGGAGCAGGAGUUGGCCAACAGCAGCCCCCCGCAGCGGAACUGGAAGGGGAUCGCUAUUGCCCUGCUGGUCAUUUUGGUGGUCUGCUCGCUCAUCACAUUGUCCGUCAUCCUUCUGUCUCCCGAUGAAACGGGAAACUCUUCGGGCAAUAUCCUGGCGCUGGAGGAUCUAUUCAGGGAGGAGUUUUCCAUCCACGACCCAGAGGCCCGAUGGCUCCAUGAUCAGGAGCUCGUGUACAGGAACCGCCACGGAUUCGUCUUCAGGCUCAAUGUGGUGACCAAUGAGACGACGACGUUGCUGGACAACUCGACUUUUGUGACAUUUAAAGCCUCGAGAUACUCGGUGUCCCCCGACCUGCGCUUCGUGCUCUUGGCCUACGACGUGAAGCAGGUUUCCCUUUCCUCCUUCACGGCCUCCUACGUCAUCUAUAACAUUCACACAAGGGAAGUCUGGGAACUGAACCCCCCCGAGGUGGAAGAUUCCGUGUUACAAUAUGCAGAGUGGGGUGUCCAGGGGCAACAGCUGAUUUAUAUUUUUGAAAAUAACAUUUACUAUCAGUCUGAUGUGAGGAGCAGCUCCCUCAGGCUCACCUCCUCCGGCAGGGAGGGGCUUGUGUCCAACGGGAUAGCUGAUUGGCUGUAUGAGGAGGAGGUUCUGGGCUCCCACGUGGCGCACUGGUGGUCCCCGGACGGCGAGCGAUUGGCUUUCCUGAUGAUAAAUGACAGUUUGGUGCCCAAUAUGAUUCUGCCUCAGUUCACUGGCAGUUUGUACCCGAGGGGAAGGAAAUAUCCGUACCCCAAGGCCGGACAGACGAACCCUACGGUGAAGCUGUUUGUGGCCAAUCUGUACGGCCCGACCCACACGCUGGAACUGAUGGCGCCGGACAGCCUGCGGGGCAGAGACUAUUAUAUCACAAUGGUGAAAUGGAUCAGUAACACCAGGACUGUUGUGAGGUGGCUAAACCGACUGCAGAACAUCUCGGUUCUGACCGUGUGUGAAACGACCACUGGUGCCUGCAGCAAGAAAUAUGAGGUGGCUUCAGAUGUUUGGCUUUCAAGACAGAACGAGGAGCCAGUGUUCUCUAAGGAUGGCAGCAAGUUCUUCCUGACGGUACCUGUAAAACAGGGAGGCCGCGGGGAAUUCCACCACAUCGCCAUGUUCAGCGUCCAGGCCCGGAGCGACCUGGUCAGCACCCGACACCUGACGUCCGGCAGUUGGGAGGUCAUUCAGAUCCUGGCGUACGAUGAACCCUCUCAGAAGCUAUAUUUUCUGAGCACUGAAGACUCCCCAAGAGGAAGGCACCUGUACAGUGUUUCCAUCUCCGGCUCGUUAAAUCGCCAGUGUCUGACGUGCAACAUCGCCAAAGAGCAGUGCUCCUACCUCAGCGCCACCUUCAGCCCCUCCAACCGCCACUUCCUGCUGCGCUGCAAAGGUCCGGGAGUUCCAACCAGCAGCGUCCACAGCACCGACGACCCGACGGAUUUUUACCCCCUGGAAAGCAAUUCGGUGCUGAGAGAGGCAAUUGCUCAGAAGAAGACUUGCAGGACUGAAAUAAAAAUGAUUCAUAUUGAGGAUUAUGAACUUCCACUCCAGCUCUCAUUUCCUAGAGAUUUCUCUGUGAAGAACCAGUACCCCCUUCUGCUAAUCAUAGACGAGUUCCCGGGUAACCAGCUAGUAACCGACGAGUUCCAUUUGGACUGGGACUCAGUACUUAUUAAUAUGGACAACAUCAUUGUAGCGAGAUUUGAUGGGCGGGGAAGUGGGUUCCAGGGGCUGAAAAUCCUUCAGGAGGUUCACCGAGGACUUGGAUCAGUGGAAGUGAAAGACCAGAUAGCGGCUGUAGAGUGGCUGCUGAAAGAACCAUUUAUUGACCCCAAUCGGCUGAGCAUAUUUGGGAAGGGCUAUGGGGGGUACAUCGCUUCCAUGAUACUGAAAGCCAAUGACCGGCUGUUUAAAUGUGGCGCCUUGUUUGCCCCAAUCACAGACAUGAGGCUUUAUGCAUCGGCCUUCUCUGAGCGCUACCUGGGGCUGCCGUCCCGGGAGGAGAUCACGUACCAGGCUUCCAGCGUCCUGCACGGCGUCCAUGGACUCAAGGAUAAGAACCUCCUACUCAUUCAUGGAACAGCAGAUGCCAAGGUCCAUUUCCAGCACUCAGCGGAACUCAUUAAGCACCUCGUUAAGGCCGGAGUGAACUACACGAUGCAGGUUUAUCCGGACGAAGGCCACAUCAUCUGGUCGGAGAAGAGCCGGGCCCACCUGUACGGCACGCUGCUCCGGUUCUUCAGCGACUGCUCUCGGGCGCAAGUUCUGCUCGUUCCACAAGAGGCCGAAGAGGAUGAAUAAAAGUGACGAUGAUCUCAGGAGACCACUGGUUGGAGGCACCAAACGCAGCUUCUAUCUUCAGCUUCUGAGUGCUGGGCGGCUGCGGAUCAGAACCCUACGGACCAGACUGGGAAGUUCUAGCCCAACGCCCGACACUGAGGAAUUCUCUUUGUACCUUGGGGAGAUGCCCGCGGAUCAUUGGCUGCCGGAGGAGCCCCGUUUUGCAUACAGUAGUGUAGUGCAUGUUUUUGUGCUUAUUUUUAACUCAAGGAACGUUCUUUAUCCACCACUACAACCUCUGUCUGGGGUCCGCUCAGAGACCCCCCAGGAUCAGUUGACCCUCCCUUUGCCCCGCCCACCACAGACCCCAAUAUCUGGAGUGACAAAGACAGAGAAUUUCCCCCCAGUCCUUGGGAACCACUAAAAAAGAUCUGAAACGGUUUCUCAUCUCCAAACGGUGAGCCACGGCCCCGCCUCCUCUGGUUGCUAUGGAUUCCCUUCCCGGCAGCAGUUUUUGCUAUUGGACGUUUGCGGUGUAUAUUUCUAUGUAUACAAACAGUCAGAAGACUCGCUCUCUUGUACAGUUAAAGGGACCUUCUAUUUUUCCAGCCCGAGGGCUCAGUUUGACCGAAAAAGCUCUUUUUGUCGUAUUCGCUGAUAUUUCCGUGUGUUUGGAAUAGAGUAGGGGGGGCUGCGUUCCCACUGUACAUUCGCUCCCGUGUAUAUAAACACAUAAAUAUUAAAUUAUGGUUUCAUACAA